CCCUGCAUCACAGUCAACAGCUGCUGAGCAGAGCGGGCUUGGCUCAUUCCGCUGACCUGCCAGGAAGCAGACAGUCCCAGGGACCGGGCUAAGACAAUCCAACCUGGGCGCCAGAAGAAGACGGGCAAGCAGCUGGAUGGGCCAUCCCUUCCCCUGCUCCCUCCUCAGACUCUCUUAACAUCUCUUCCGGGCCAAAGCCCCCACAACGCACCUGAAGGUGCCACCUCUAUCCCGAUCCCUGGGGCUCAAGCCCCCUGGGGGACCUGCAUCCCAGCAUGUCUAUAGCUGUGGAGACCUUCGGCUUCUUCAUGUCAGCCCUGGGACUGCUGAUGCUCGGGGUGACCCUACCAAACAGCUACUGGAGAGUGUCUACGGUCCACGGGAAUGUCAUCACCACCAACACCAUCUUUGAGAACCUAUGGUACAGCUGUGCCACCGACUCCCUGGGAGUCUCCAACUGCUGGGAGUUCCCUUCCAUGCUGGCCCUCUCUGGGUAUGUCCAGGGCUGCCGCGCCCUCAUGAUCACCGCCAUCCUCCUGGGCUUCCUGGGCCUCUUCCUAGGCAUGGUGGGACUGCGCUGCACCAGCGUGGGGAACAUCGAUCCCUCCACGAAGGCCAAGAUGCUGGCCGUUGCAGGGGCCCUCCACAUACUUGCUGGGGCCUGUGGGAUGGUGGCUAUCUCCUGGUAUGCUGUCAACAUCACUACUGACUUCUUCAACCCAUUGUAUGUUGGAACCAAAUACGAGCUGGGCCCCGCCCUCUACUUGGGCUGGAGCGCCUCUCUGCUCUCCAUUCUGGGUGGCAUCUGUCUCUUUUCCACCUGCUGCUGCGCUGCCAAGGAGGACCCAGCCACCAGGGCCGGGCUUUCCUAUAAGCCCUCUACCGUCGUGAUACCCAGAGCCACCUCGGAUGAAAGCAACAUCAGCUUUGGUAAAUACGGCAAAAAUGCCUAUGUGUAGGAGCUCUGACCUGGUGGACACCGUUUCUUGUCCCACUAUCCCCAGUGGAAAAGUGUCCCCAGGACCCACGGACCAGUCUCCAGUUAGUAACCUCAGGACAGACCAUCUCCAGGCUCCGCCCUGUUCUGGGUACCACCUUAUCUGGCACUCCAGCCUCUCCCAGAACAGAAGCUGAGGGGGCAACUCGCAUGGCCUCCUACGGCUGGACCCAAGGGGAUAGAGGUGUCUGCAGCUCGUGACGGCGUAUAAAUACAUACAGAAAUAAAUGUAUAUUGUGAUUGUUCAGGGGGAUCCAGGGGCCAUGAAGUUGCGGCCAAGUAAGGGGUUCAUUUUCAUACCAUAGACUGUCAAGACUGCCUACUUUUGAGCUGUCUCAUCCAGUGAAAUAGUGUGCCAAGGAGCUGGGGAGAGGGCUCAGUGAGUAAGAGUGUUUGCUACACAAGUAUGAAGACCUGAGUUCAAAUCCCCAGAACCCAUGUAAAAAGCAGGGGCCUGAUCACACUCCUGUAACCCCAGUGCUGUUGCAGAGGCUCUCUGAGGCUUACCAGCUUCCAACCUAGCUCCAGGUGAGUCCCUCUCUCACAGGAGUAAGGUGGAGAAUGAUAAUGCAGGCCACCGGAAGCCCUGCUCUGACCUUUGCAGGCACACAGACCUGUGCACGAACAACACAUGCAUGCACUUUUCUCUCUCUUUUCUUUCGUUUGUUUUUUUUUUGUUGUUGUUGUUUUGUUUUUUGAGAUGGGAUUUUCUGUGUAGCUUUGGAGGCUGUCCUGGAACUCACUCUGUAGACCAGGCUGGCCUAGAAUUCACAGAGAUUUCCCCCUGCCUCUGCCUCCCGAGUGCUGGGAUUAAAGACGUGUGCCAUCAACGCCUGGCUGCAUGCACACAUUCUUAAAAGGUGUUGCAAGCGCCCACCUCAGGGAAUUAGUACUAUAGUACUAGCUGGGACGCUGCUGGCCAGCUGAAAGUCUCUCUUUUAACUCUUAACCUGUUCUCUUACUGCUGUACAAAGAAGCAGUUGAUCCAGAACAGGUGUUUGUGUAUUGGGGUUUAAUAAAGGUAUUUUAAAAAAUGCA